AGGAAGAAAAAAAAAAAAAUCCCUAGAUUGACAUUUCUGACUAAAUUUGGCCAUGGAACUCCAGUUUGCGGCUGAUUCUCCGCCGCUCCAUGCUAUCGCCGCUGCCAAAAUUGCCGGCAUUUCUGUCAACGUUAAACCAUCUCUCCCCUCUGGCUCGCCGCCAACUCUUUUACUAGAGACUGGGAAGAGACUGUAUGGAGCUAAUGUGAUUAUUAGGUAUAUUGGUAGGAUAUCAAGCUUACCAGGUUUCUAUGGACGAGAUGCUUAUCAGACGAGCCAGAUCGAUGAAUGGAUUGAUUACGCCCCCACCUUUUCAUCUGGAUCCGAAUUCGAAGGAGCAUGCAGCUUUGUGGAUGAGUAUCUACUACUCAAUACAUUUCUCGCUGGUUUUAGCUUGUCAGUUGCAGAUAUUGCUGUCUGGACUGCUCUUGCUGGAGCUGGUUUGAGAUGGGAAAGUUUAAGGAAAUCUAAGAAGUACCAAAAUUUGGUUCGGUGGUUCAACUCAAUAUCUUCUGAAUAUGAUGCACAGCUGAGUGACUUUUCCUCUACAUAUCUUGGGAAAAGAGGUUCUGCAAAGGUAGCAGCUUCCAAGUCGAAGGAAUCUCAAGCCUCUAAUUCUCGGUCGAAUGCAGUGGAGAAUGGUGUGCAUGCCAAUGAAACUGCUGGCACACGAGCCUUUGAGGUUGAUCUUCCAGAUGCUGAGGUAGGAAAGGUGAAAUUGCGGUUUGCACCAGAACCCAGUGGUUAUCUCCAUAUAGGUCAUUCGAAAGCUGCAUUGUUAAACCAGUAUUUUGCUGAGCGCUACAAAGGACAGGUUAUUAUACGUUUUGAUGACACAAAUCCAGACAAAGAAAGUAGUGAGUUUGUCGAUAAUCUGCUCAAAGAUAUUGAGACUCUUGGGAUCAAGUACAGUGCUAUAACAUACACGUCAAACUACUUUCCCCAGAUCAUGGAAAUGGCUGAAAAAUUGAUUCGUGAAGGUAAGGCCUAUGUUGAUGAUACUCCACGCGAGAAAAUGCAACAGGAAAGGAUGGAUGGCAUAGAGUCGAGGUGCAGGAAUAACAGUGUGGAGGAGAACUUGAAGUUGUGGAAGGAAAUGAUUAAUGGUACAGAGAGGGGUUUGACUUGUUGUCUCCGUGGGAAAUUGGACAUGCAGGACCUGAACAAAUCACUUAGGGAUCCCGUGUAUUACCGCUGCAAUUUGACCCCUCACCACAGGAUUGGAGCUAAAUAUAAGGUAUACCCAACAUAUGAUUUCUGCUGUCCCUUUGUUGAUGCUGUGGAGGGUAUCACACAUGCUCUUAGAUCAAGUGAGUACCAUGACCGAAAUGAUCAGUAUUACAGAAUUCAGACUGAUAUGGGAUUCAGAAAGGUCCAUCUCUAUGAAUUUAGUCGACUGAAUAUGGUUUAUACACUUCUUAGCAAGCGCAAGCUUCUUUGGUUUGUCCAAAACGGAAAGGUUGAAAGUUGGGAUGACCCUCGCUUUCCUACUGUUCAAGGAAUAGUGCGAAGAGGUCUGAAAAUUGAAGCACUAAUACAGUUUAUUCUGGAACAAGGUGCAUCGAAGAAUCUGAAUCUUAUGGAGUGGGACAAACUCUGGGCAAUUAAUAAAAAGAUAAUUGAUCCUGUGUGCCCUAGGCAUACUGCUGUUAUUGAGGAACGUCGUGUACUACUGAUCCUAACUGAUGGCCCCAAAGAUCCUUUUGUACGCAUUUUACCAAAACAUAAAAAGUAUGAAGGUGCUGGAGAGAAAGCCGUGACUUAUUCAAAUAGGUUAUGGGUAGAUUAUGCAGAUGCGGAAGCAAUCUCUAUGAAUGAGGAAGUAACUCUAAAGGAUUGGGGCAAUGCAAUUGUGAAGGAAAUCAAGAAAGAUGAAAAUGGGAUUGUGACUCAGCUGGUUGGAGUGUUGCAUCUUGAUGGUAGUGUUAAGAAGACAAAGUUGAAGCUCACCUGGCUAUCAGAUGGCAAUGAACUAGUUAAACUCACUUUGGUUGACUUUGAUUAUCUUAUUACAAAGAAGAAGCUUGAGGAAGAUGAAGAUUUCACGGAUGUGGUCAAUCCCUGUACGAGAACAGAGACAUCAGCUCUUGGGGAGUCUGAUAUGCGGAACUUGAGGCGUGGCGAUGUUAUACAAUUGGAGAGGAAAGGGUAUUACAGAUGUGAUGUUCCUCUGAUUCGACCUUCAAAGCCUAUAGUCCUCUUCGCCAUUCCAGAUGGCAAGCAGCAAACUGUAGCGAAGUAAGAAUAAUCCCGGAAUAUCUCUUGGCAUGAAGAAAAUCAACGUUGAUUACAUGUCAAACACACUCGACUUGCUUAAUCUUUGGUUAUGUCUGAUUUAACUGUUGAAUGUUUUCCUCUUUUAUCUGAACAAUGAUGCUUGUAGCUUGGCUGUGAUGCCCUCAUCUUUUUGAACAAUUCACACUUCGACUCCUCUCAUCGGUUGGAGGAUUUGUUUUACCAA